AUCAAGCAUAUAACCUGAGGACGACACAAACAAAGCAUAGGGGCGUAACAUCUGCUUUAUAUAACGCUUUCGCAGCAAGCAGGUGACCUGAUUCAAGAGGCUCGCGUGCGCAGCAUGUCGUCCACGGCAUGUAAUGGCGCCGCGGGCGCACCUGAGGUCGCAAUACUGAAGGGCGUGCGCUACCCCGGCGGCCUACGCAGCCUGCUGAUCAUGGCGGCGCUGCUGCCGCUGGCAGCGCUGUCGCUGUUGGCCAUGCUGCUGCGGGACCUGUGGCGCAACCCCCGCUCCUUCCUCUCCAGCCGGCCCCGCCGUACGGAGCUGGCGGACCUGCCCCCCGAGCUGGCGGGCGUGCAGCCGGUGGGGUUUGACACGGAGCCGGGAGUCAGGCUGACCGGCUGGACGUUCGGGCCUCGGCCCUCGCGGCCGCUGCUUCUGUUCCUGCACGGCUUCCCCGAGUGCUGGUACUCCUGGCGGGACCAGCUGACGCACCUCAAGGACAGGUACGAGGUGGUGGCACUGGACAUGCGCGGCUACAACAAGUCCAGCAAGCCCGCGGGUAUCGCCGCCUACGACCUGGAGCGGCUGACGGCGGACGUGGCGGCGGUGGCGGCGGCCCUGGGGCGCAGCCGCAUCACCCUGGUGGCGCACGACUGGGGAGGCGCCAUCGCCUGGGCUGUGGCGGGCCGCUACCCGGGUCUGGUGGAGCGGCUGGCAGUGCUGGCGGCGCCGCAGUGGUUCAUGUACCUGCGCAACCUCACGCUGGAGCAGGCCGCCAGGUCCUACUACUUCCUGUGGUUCCUGCUGCCGGUGCUGCCGGAGCUGCUGCUGCUGCACACCGACGCGCACUUCAUGGAGGCGCUGUGGCUGGGCGCCGGCAAGAACGAGUUCUCGCCGCGCCGCCGCGGGGCCUGCACACCGCAGGACGUGGAGAUCUACAAGGCGGCGCUGCAGGAGCCCGGCUCCGUCACCGCCGCGCUCAACUACUACCGCGCCACACUGCUGACGGAGGCGGGGCUGAUGAAGCCGCACCCCGAGGUGGUGGCGGCGCUGCGGCGGCAGCUGGACAUGCCCGUGCUGGUGGUGUGGGGCAAACACGACCACGCCCUGUGCCUCACAAACAACAUCGACAUCGACCAGGUGGCCCCGCGUGUGCGGCUGCACGUGCUGCCCGAGGCCUCCCACUGGGUGCAGGCCGACGCCCCCGAGCGACUCAACGCCAUCCUGGACCAGUGGCUGGCGGACAACCCCGUGUCGCCCACCGAGCACCUGGACACGGCGGCGGCGGCGGCGGCGGCGGGCAAUGGCGGUGGCAGUGGGCUGCAGCAGCGCGGCGCGGCGGCGGCGGCGGCGGUUACGGCGGCGGCGGGAAGCGCGGGCAAGGCGGCAGCGGCGGUGGCGGCGGGCGUGACGUCCCAGGCGGUUACGGUGGCGGAGGCGGCGCAGGAGAAGGUGGUGGAGGUGGCGGAAGCGGCGCAGGAGAAGGUGGCGGAGCUGGCGGCGGCGGCGCAGGCGGCGGUGGAGGCGGCGGAGGAGGGCCUGCGCAGCCGGGCUAAGAAGCAGCAGCAGACGCAGCCGGCCAGUGAGUGAAUGUGCUAGAUGCGUGUGAGGGAGAUGGUGGGAUGCUGGGGUCCAGUGCGCCCCUGAAGUUGAUUGAUGACUGAUGAGGUGACGGCAUGUACGGAGAGUUAGACUACUUCACAGGAUCUAGGACUCCUGUGGGCUAAGUGGGCAGCAUAGUAUACGCUGCACUGUGAUAAUGGCCAGUAGUUUUGUGCUGAGAGUUACAACUAGAUUGGGAAAGCGGGCACAGGUGUUCUCAAGGAGGCGCCUGGGGGCGCCGGGGCGGUUUGUGCGACGCGUGCUGGGUCAGCACUGGCGGAUUACACGCAUACAGAUUACCUGCCGCUGGCGUGGACUC